ACCUCUGGCGGCUCCGGCGGUACUAGCACCACUGUCACCACGCUCGAUGAGUUGACAUCUGCUGUCGAGGGCUCUGACUCCAAGAUCGUUAUCAUCUCCGGUACCAUUACUGGUAAUGAUGUCGUCCGCGUUGGUUCUAACACCACUGUCCUCGGUGCUGCUGGUGCUUCGCUCGAGGGCGUUGGUCUCCGCGUCUAUCAAGAGUCGAAUGUCAUCAUCCGUAACAUCGCUAUCUCCAAGGUACUCGCGGAGGCCGGAGAUGCUAUUGGUAUACAGGAGGCAUCUCAAGUUUGGGUUGACCAUGUUGAUCUGUCGAGCGACAUGGACCACGAUAAGGAUUACUACGACGGUCUCCUCGACAUCACACACGGCUCGAACGGUGUUACUGUCACCAACUCAAAGUUGCAUGAUCACUGGAAGGCUUCGCUCGUCGGCCACUCUGACAGCAAUGGAGAUGAGGAUGUCGCUAUCACCGUCACGUAUGCUAACAACUGGUGGACGAACCUGAACUCGAGGACUCCUUCAUUCAGGUUUGGCACGGGACAUAUAUACAAUAACUAUUAUGAGUCAAACAGUGACGGGAUUAACACUCGUGAUGGUGCACAACUCCUCGUCGAGAAUAACGUCUUCGUGAGUGUCGACAAACCUCUCUACUCGGUCGACGAAGAAGGCUACGCCGUCUCCAACGGCAACGACUUCGGUGACGGCGAGGAUACCGCUGACGCUGGUACUUUCACCACCGCUCCCUACGAUUACGAUCUGUUGGACGCGACUGAGGUGGCGGCGUCGGUGAUGGCGAGCGCGGGUGCGACGUUGUCCUUCUAA